GGUUGAAGUUCUACGUGUAGGCUAUUCACAUAUCGCGUUCACACCAUUAGUAAGUCGAACUUUUCUGAGUUCCUAGUACCUACCAGCACGUGAACGCGGUAUUUGUCAGGUCAUGUUUCACUGCAGCAGAGUUUAUUGGGGGGGAAACGUCGUGCUUUCCCGGAAGCUUAAUUGUUAACGUUAGAGAAACACUUUCAGUUUCAAUAUCACAACCGAUCUCUUUUGCCAUGCAAACGCGGACAACAGACUGAACAACAAGCUCACUGUACGGUACAGUGUUGCCGAGCAUCAUGUCAGGCCAGACAGUAUCCAUGAAGGAACCAGUAUGUCUGAUAGAGAACGACAGUGAUGGGAAGCUGCGUGUGGUCCGCAGUGCACUGGACAUCCUGGACAAGAUUGACCAGCAUGUGGUAGUGGUGUCGGUGGUCGGGCUGUACCGCACCGGCAAGUCCUACCUCAUGAACAAGCUGGCUGGGGAGAGGAAAGGUUUUGCCCUGGGAGCCACCAUCCAGUCCAAAACUAAGGGCAUCUGGAUGUGGUGUGUGCCUCACCCUGAAAAAAGAGACCACACCCUGGUGCUGCUGGAUACAGAGGGGCUGGGGGAUGUGGAGAAGGGUGAUGAGAAGAAUGACAACUGGAUCUUUUCCCUGGCUGUCCUGCUCAGCAGUACUCUGGUGUACAACAGCAUGGGAACCAUCGACAACAACGCACUGGAGAAACUACACUAUGUGACAGAACUGACAGAGCACAUCAAGGUGAAGUCCAACCAGCGAGACGGGGAGGAAUCUUCAGAGUACCUGCGUUACUUUCCUUCCUUUGUGUGGACAGUCAGAGAUUUCACCCUGACCCUGGAGGUUGAUGGGAGACCCAUCACAGCCAAUGAGUACCUGGAGAAUGCUCUUAAACUGAGAACAGGUCAUAGUAAGAAAGAUCAGGCAUACAAUCUGCCUCGUAGCUGUCUGCGGAACUAUUUCUCUCCUCGCUGGUGCUUUGUGUUUGAGAGGCCAGCCAGCGGAGACAAAAUGAGACGCAUGGAGGAGCUGACCGAUGCUGACCUGGAGCCUGCCUUUGUGGAGCAAGCCAAGGAGUUCUGUGACCACGUCUUCAAUGAGGCCAAGACCAAGACCCUGAAACAGGGCCUGAAAGUUACCGGCAGACUGCUGGGAAACCUGGCAGAGACGUAUGUGUCCGCCAUCCGGAGCGGGCAGAUCCCCUGCCUGGACAAUGCUGUGUUGGCGCUGGCCCAGAUUGAGAACUCCAGUGCCAUCGAGAGGGCCAGGGCCCACUACCAGAAGCGUAUGGCUGACUGGGUGGCCUACCCCACAGAGACCCAAGAGGAGCUGUCUGAAGUGCAUGCUGCCAUGGAGAAGAAGGCUGUGGCCAUAUUCAUCAACAACUCCUUCAAAGACGACGACCAGAAGUACCAGUUGGAGCUCAUGAAAGUGCUUCAAGAGGAGUAUGAGAAGAUCUGUGAGAGGAACUACAAGGAGUCCCAGAAGGCAUGCGAGUCCAAAAUCGAAUGCAUCUUUGCCCCCUUGGAGGAGAAAAUAAGGGAUGGCUCCUACAUGACCCCUGGAGGAUACAAAGAGUACUGCAACGACCUGAAACUGGCCACCAGCGAAUACAGAUCUGAGGGAGGCAGGGGAGUGAAGGCUGAAGAGGUACUGAAGGAGUACUUGGAAAGGAAAGCCAGCAUUGGUCAGGCCGUCCUGUCAGCAGACGAGUCCCUCACUGAAGCUGAGCAGAGAGCAGAAGCGGAGCAAGCAAGAAGGGAGGCAUCUGAGCGGGAGAAUCGAGCCAUGGAGGAGCAGCUGGUUGUCCAGGAGAGGUUGAGAGCGGACCAGCAGAGGACGUAUGAGGAGAAUGUGAACCAGCUGAUGGAGAGGAUGGAGAGAGACAGUAGAAAUGCCAUAGCAGAGCAUGACAGAGUUCUGCAGGCCAGACUAAAGGAGCAGAAUGACCUUCUCCAGCAAGGGUUUGAUGACAGAGCACACCAAAUGCAAAGAGAGAUAAAUGCCCUUAAGGUUGCGAAGGCACAAGAGGAAGAGAAAAAACCCUCAUUUAUGAGCACAGCUCUGGAUACUAUAGGGACUGCAGCUACCUUGUUCCUUCCAGGAAUACUUCCCAAAGUAGGAGGAAUGGCUGUGAAAUGGCUGUCUAAGUGGUUUUGAUGUAGGUUCCCGAGGAGGAUGACGAGCUAUUAUUCUUAUAGACAUGUGGAUUGACUGAAUAUGUGUUUAUUGAUAUUUGAUUCUUUGAUUUAGGUUAAGCACUCAGUCAAGGUUUUAUUUGAUGUUUUUUUUUUUUUUGUACGUCAUUUGAAUAAAUAAUUAGCAUGCCUAAUCAUAAUGAAGUAGAGCUUUUAGAUAGCACUCUUAAAAAUGGUUUUGCAGUUGUUUUACUAUUACCAAAUAGGCCUACUUCUUUUUAACACUGACAACAUUUACAUGCACACCAAUAUCCUGUUAUUAUUCGGGAUACUCAAGUAUUCUGUUUUUGAGUUGAUGCAUAUAAACGUCAUAUUCCCACGGGGGGCCAGCACAGAAAAAAAAUGUAUGAAAUUGUAUGAAAUGUAUGCAUUCACUACUGUAAGUCGCUCUGGAUAAGAGCGUCUGCUAAAUAACUAAAAUGUAAAAAUGUAAAAUAUUCCAUUUACAAUUAAAAAAAGCUUGUAUCCCGGU